GUUCAAGUCCGUUUUAAAGAGUGGCUGGUAGUUCAAUGGCGGCAACUGAAUCAGGGGCAUUGGUUACUUUGCUAGAUCUUCAGCAAUCUUCAAUUUUUUUUAAGGAAGGAGCUUCACUUAGAGUAAUCGGAAAGCUGCAAGAUUAUUCUGUGGAGACAGCCAUAGCUGUUAUUGCUGAUCAAGGUGUCACUCUAAAGAUAGAUACCCAGCACUUGACGGAACUUGGCUUCCGAAUUGGCUCUAUAUUCCAAUUCAUUGGUGAACUCCUUAUUCAACCCAACAAUGAGGCAGUACUGCAAGCGCGCACUGGUAGGAACAUUGACGGUAUCGACCUUGAUCUCUAUUAACAAUCUUUGCAGCACUUUAGACAGUUCCAAGCUGAGCACAUAAAAAGUGC